AAUACAGAUACAAAAGCAAAAGCAAAACAAAAGAUAUAAAUACAAAAACAACGAGCAGAACAACAACAAAUAUACAUAUUAAUUAAUUGAAGCAGCUGCAGAUUUCUUUAACAAUUAUGAUGGAUAAUUCGGAGCAACCUCAAAGGCAGCAAAAUUCGUUAGCUGGUUUGCCACCACUGCCAAAAAGUCUGAGUGCAGCGGCUGCCACUGCAAUUGGACAUGUUCAAGGUCAAGGUCAUGGACAUGCACAUGCACAUGGUCACACCCGGUCACAGUCACAGUCAUGGACAUGUGCGCUCGCACACAUCCUCGCCAGCUGCGUCGGUGGGCGCCUUAACGGCCGACGGGGAUCUGUAUCUGGGACCAUCCACCUCGUCGGCGGCACGCAAUCGCAACUACAAUGGCCAUGGACGACAUGGCAGUCUGUCGUCCACACAGGAGUCCCUCAGCGAUCGCGACGUGCACAGUCGUGCCUCGUCGACGCACAGCGCCAGCGGCAGCACGGCCACGCCUACAAACACAAACAACGCGUCCAGCACAAUUGACAACCAGCUGGCGAUAUUACGCCGUGAAAUGUACGGACUGCGUCAGCUGGAUUUGUCGCUGCUAUCGCAAUUGUGGGCACUGAACGAAUCGAUACAGGGAUUCCGUGUAUUCCUGCAGGAGCAGGAGGCUCUGUCGCCGCCAUCGCGUUCCCGCACGCCCUCCGAUGCCAACUCACUGUCCUCCGACGAGGAUGAUGGCACCUAUGCGCCAGUUGCGCUGCCCAAGCUCCAUGCACCGCCGGCUGCCAUGACAAUGGCGGCAUCAUUGGCAUCGCCAGCGGUCAGCGUGGGAUUGCCCACGAAAUUGGCCACCGGCUCAACCACAUCGCAUGCCUCGACCAGCUCCACAUCGGGUGCAUCGGGAUCCUCGUCGGCAGCCUCCUCCAUGGGCAAACAUCAUCAUCACCAGCAACAACAGCAGCAACAGCAACAACAACAGCAGCUGCCACAUUAUCAUCAACAUCACCAUCAUCAUCGUUCUGAAGCGCCACCAGCGCCGCCGGCUCAGCACAAGGCGCAUCCGCAGCUGCCGCGCAUCUUGCAACAACGCAUGCGACAUGCACCACCGCCUCCUCCACCCACAAGACCCAGCGGCGGUGCAAGCAGCAGCAGCAGCAAUCACAGCAUCAGCAGUGUCACCCAACAACAACAACAGCUGCAUCCGCAUCACCAAAGGAACGUAUGACAAAACCCGUUCUUGGAUUAAUUAUACAACCAAGUAUAGUUUAUCCAAGAACAACUGCAAAUGGGAAACACACACAUUUCACAAAUGUCAAUUGCACAUUUAUGCAAAAGUCAAUUUACAAUGCGGCAGUUGAUGGCGUUAAUGGCCACGCCCCACCUCCAACCGCCUCCCAAAACCUAAAUACAUACAUACAUUGUAGACAUCAUAGACAUCCAAGCUUGCCAUUUGUUCCAUAUUUCGUUCUAGAUUUUUACAUAUUUAAGAAUCGAAUGCUAUGAAAAAAACAAA